AUGGCGGAUAUGCGCCUUUUCCACCACUUCUUGAUCACAGCAUACCCUCAUCUGCCGGUAGGCGCCGACAAAAUAUGGAUCACUGUGAUACCGAGUUUCGCACACAAUUCGGACUUCGAUGCCAUAACCAAACACGCAAUCUUCGCAACAUCAUUAGCCGGUACUGAUCUCUCCCAGUACAAAUACCUGAUUCAUUCAAUCCUGGCGCUGGCUGCAUCGCACCUGGAUGCAGUUUCGAGCGCCAAUGUAGCUGAAGAGGCUAUAUCGCACAGGAUACUAGCAGUAAAAGCUUUGAACGAUGCGUUAUCAGUGCCACCAAAGACGAGAAAUGAACGUGAUGCAAGAAUGGCGGCGGCACUGGCACUCGCAUUCCAAUCGAGUCAUCUCCAGGAUGGUCUACUAGAAUUUCUGACGAUGGUGAGAGGUUGUAAUUUGAUUGCCUUGGAGGGCACACUGGACAAUGUGGACUCGGCCUUUCAUGUACGUACCUUUGCCAUGCUUAACCGGCUUGCAGAAUAG